GGCCGCGGCCGAGGGGCGCGUUCAAACGCGGCGAGGGAAGGAGCGGGGAGAGGAGCCGAACGGGACCGCGGAGCCGCCGGCAUGUGCUGGUACCGGGCUUUUCUCUAAUUCUCCAUGGCAGCAGCACAGGGUCCUGUGACCUGUGAGCCCGACACCCGCGUCCUCGGCACCUACCUCUCCUCGGAGCCCGUCGGCGUUGUCGGCAGCAUGGGCAGCGUGGGCAGCCUGGUAGAGAAGCAGGAUCUGUCCCCCCUGGAGCUGCGGGCCCAGCUGGGAGGCUCGCGGGGGCUUCGGCAGCCCGACGGCUUGCUGCGGAAGGGGCCGAGCCAGCGGGAGCUCUUUGGCUACCUGCAUGGGGCCAAGAAGGAGACACGCGCAGAGAGGAAGCACCAGAUGUCGGGUGCCUGCUACAAGCGGGACUACGAGAGCGACCGUGAGAACCGCUCCCCUGAGCGCUGCUCCCGCGAGCAUCACCGCGGAGCCGACUUCUCCAAGAGCUCCCUGCCUGAGAGGGGCCGCUUCGACAAGUGCCGGAUCAGGCCCUCGGCCUUCAAGGCGGUGGCUGGGAAGGGGCUGGUCUCCAUGCAGGGCCUGUCUUCAACCAAGGGGCAGAAGCUGUCCAAGAGCAAUGGGAGCCUGCACACGCUGCUGUCGCAGAGCAGCACGGCGACCUCGCAGCAUGGCCCGCUCCGCACCCACCUGCUCCACGCCAUCAGCCUGGAUGAGGCCUCCGACUCCAGCCACAACUCCAUCCAGAGCUUCCCCUCCUACGGCUCCCGUCUCAAACCUGCCCAGAGCCAGUUCAGCGCCUCCAUGGGCCACAUCAACCACAUCGGGGGCUCCUUGGACAGGGGCUCCCGGGGCCCCAAGGACCCCCUGGCUCCUGAGAAGGCACCUCUGUCCUGCAAAAGCAUGGCCACGCUGAGCCGGCUGCAGAGCCCCGGGGAGCCCCCUCCGCCCUACGAGUUCACCUACUCGCUGGAGGAUGCGGUGAAGCAGCUGGAGGACCGGCUGCAGGAGACGGGAGGAGAGCUGCGGCAGCUCAAGAGGAGCCUUAGCGAGACUGAAGACCCCUUCACUCAGGCGUUUGAGGACAAGCAGCGGCUGUGGCUGGACGAGCUGGAGGAUCUGAAGCAGAUGUACAUGGCCCGGCUGCAGCAGGUGACGCAGCAGGCGCAGCGCGGCCAGCGGGCGCUGCAGCUGCAGCUCUACAAGGCGCAGCAGGAGAAGAAGCGGCUGCAGGAGGAGCUGAGCAUGCAGCAGUGCCAGUGUGAGGAGCCCAAGCUCCGGCAGCCCCAGGGUGAGAGAGUCAGCCCCAAGAUGGAGGAGACCAAGUGGGAGGUGUGCCAGAAGGCAGCGGAGAUCUCCCUGCUGAAGCAGCAGCUCCGGGACACCCAGGAGGAGAUGGCUCAGAAGCUGGGUGAGAUCUUCAGCCUGAAGACUCAGCUGCGGGAGGCCAAGGCAGAGGUCCAGGCCAGGGACUCCCAGCUGGCACAACUGGCAGACUCCUUCCAGAGCCCCCCGCAGCCUGGCACCGCACUGCCACUGGGUGAUGACCCCAUGCCAGCCUGCCAGGACUUCCCCGGCUGCGAAACUGACGACUCCAAGUGCCGGGGUCUUCACAGCGACACGGCGGAGCCCCUGGAGCGGCAGGUGGAGUGGCUGUGGGCAGAGCUGCUGCGGGAGCGGCGCCAGGGCCAGCUGCAGGCCGUGAACUUUGAGCUGGAGAGGAAAACCUGGCAGGAGGAGAAGGAGAAGGUGCUGCGGUACCAGCGGGAGCUCCAGGCCAGCUACAUGGAGAUGUACCACCGGAGCCAGGCGCUGGAGCGGGAGCUGCGGCAGCUGCGGUCCGAGCCCCGGGACGGAGGGGCUGACUCGCCCUGGAUCGAGCGGGUGGAAUCCUCCAAGAUCUGAGUGGUGGGACAGACAGCGGGGGUGUGGAGGGGAAGGGCUCUCGCUGCUGCUGCAACAGGGACUGCCCGCCCGGCGCUGCCCUGGGGUGAAGGACUGACUGCGACAAGGGAGCUUUUCCCUCUGGCAGCGCUUCAGGCCCUUCUGGAGGGAGUUUCUGGAGCUGGGGGGGAGGGUCAUCUGUGCCAGGGUGGGGGUCUUGCAUGUGCCCCGUGCUCUGACUCCAGGAGCGUUUGCCCUGUGAUUCCUUCUGCUGUGAGAACAGAAAUCAAGCGCCCUGUGAGACGUUCCCUGUCCCUCCUGCUCUCCCUCUGCCCCUGUUCCCUACAGCCUAGUAACUUAAUGUCUUGCUAAAGAGAGGCUCAGGCCCUGUCCCCAGUGCUGCUGCCUUGCUGUGGGGGUUCCAGCUGGGGCUCACGGGGGCUGCUCUGUCAGCAGCUGAGCCCUGGAGAUAGUGGUGCCCUGUGCCUGCACUCAUCUGUGCUGGUGCCACAGGGAAGGCAGAGGAGGAAAGAGUGAUGAGUGCUGGUACUGGUGAGAGGGGGAGGCAGCAAUCCCGACUCUCCAUUGGGGCUUUUCAUGUCACCAGUACUGGGGCUGCUGUGCACUGGAGGGUGGUUAAUGCAGCUUACCAGCACGGAGCCCUGGAGGCUUUGUGCCAGGAUGGAGGGAAAGCUGGUGCUCUGCCACCCCAGCAGGCCUUUGGGGAAGGGAAGAGAGGACUAGGGCAGGGGGGCUGGGACUCUCCCCAGGCUGGGGAGGAGGUGGGGGUAUCCUCCCAUCACCUCUCUCAGGCCGUGUGAGGGAGACCUGAGGAGCUGGGCCCGUGUUGGGGGGAGAGCGGGGUGCGAGGUGUUGGAAGGAGCGCUGCUCCACGCCUGUAACAGCAGAGCCAGGGGCGGGCCCGGCCCGGCCCAGCCCGGCUCUCCUCGGCCUUUCCCGCAAUAAAACCCAGAUCUCA